CACCGUUUAUUCGUUUGAGGAACGCUUUGUGGCCAGUCAAGUCGCGCGGUAAAGUGCUAAAGUUGAAUGUGGAAAUAAAAUGGAGCCGAAACUGAAUUACAACUCGUUAUUACAAGACUGUGAAAAAACAAAUUUGAAUAUAACCACGCCGUUCUCAAUCAAUGAUAUACUGACGAAAGAAGAGACGAAAUGUGAUUUUGAAAAUGGAAUGUUUUCGUCUAGUUUCGGCGGGAAGCUGAACUUUUUAAAACCGGCCAGUUUCAAAGAUGAAUCGAAGAAGGUUACAGAAAAGAGUUUGAAAUUCUACGACGAGUGUAAUAGUUAUAGGGAUCUCAACGAAGACGGUGUUUUGGAUAUGUCGAGGAAAAACAGUUAUCCUGUCACAGAGUUAUCAGAUGACUACGAUUCAAGAUCAUCUCAUGGUUCGCCAGUCCGAAGAAAUUCCUCCCCUAAUUCUGACAUCAGCUAUAAACCCUUCAACUUACACUACGAAAGAAAAUGUACCACACCUACCGAAAAUCAACCGACCUACUCGCUGGAAUACUCCCAAGUCAGCGGCAGAAAAAAACGAUCAAGAGCAGCCUUCUCACACGCCCAAGUUUACGAGCUCGAAAGGCGUUUCAGCCAACAAAGAUACCUUUCCGGCCCAGAAAGAGCAGAUUUGGCUAUAAGCCUAAAACUCACAGAAACCCAAGUGAAGAUCUGGUUUCAGAACAGACGAUACAAGACCAAACGAAAACAGCUUCAGAUGCAAGAAAGUGGAAUGUUAGCUGCUGCAGCUGCGGCCGCUAACCACGCCAGAAAAGUCGCUGUUAAAGUACUAGUAAAUAACAAUGGACAUCCAGACCUAAAAUACCAGAGCCCAAUCGGAAAGACCAUCAAUCCAGCGUUGUUACCAUCGAACAUUCUAGAAGGCUCGCCUAUUUGGAAACAUUUCGCUGGAAUAUACGGCGUGGAUUUCACGAAGAAUCCUGAAUACAAAGCCUUACUGCAGGAAUCAUAUAAUCAGGCAGUUCUUCAGUCUCUAUACGGUCCUCAUUUGGGAGUGAAUUAUCCAAACUUAUCUCUACCCUACAUGUACUAUCCAGGUCACCCAACAUUCACAAUGCCUGUACCGUGUGACGUAGAUAGAAAUCAAGGUGAACCAAGUGAAAAUAAGGAUUAUGGUGAGAGUUCGAAGGAGAAGAAUAAACCAAGAAUUGAUGUUAAUGAUAAUAGCAAUGAAAGUAUGGCAAGUAAUAUAGAAAUUGAGAAUUAAUUGAAGUUAGAAUAAUGUAGUAUUACUUAAGUACUAAUUGAAAUGAAAUAAGUCUGUCUUUACCUGCGUCAAUGGUAACAUUUUAAAAUGUCUAUUAUUUAUAUAGAUUUAAAUUUUCAGUAUUAUAAUAUAAAAUCUUGCUAUAUCUUCACAUAAUAUAUUAUAUAUUUGAAAGAUAAAAGCCUUUGCCUCUCAACUUUUUAAAAUUUUGUGGCAAUAAUAAAAUUACAUUGUAAUAUUUUUGUAAAUAAUCUUUACGAACGAUGAAAAUAUUGUAAGUCCGAUUAUUCCUAUCAUAUCAUAAUUGUUAUUUCAAUAUUUUAUAUAUUACAACGGGAAUCGACUUUCAGACUUUUUUUUAAUGUAAAUGCGUUACGUCAAUUCAAUUGUAUUAAACCAAAGAUAGAAAACUUUCACCAAAGAUCUAGAUAAUAGUUGUUAAUGUAAAUAAGUCUUUAAUGUUAUUAGAUUUUUGCACAUUUGUAAAUAGUAUUUUUGUCUGUCUGUUAGUUAUAGUAAAUAAAGGUGUAAUGCCGUUAA